UUCCUUUUUCCCUUCCUCCUGAUCUCCUUCUCGGUCCCUCCUCCUCUUCCUCCUCCUCUGAUGGUGGCCUGAUACUCUUCUCGACGAAGAGAGGGUUCGGAUUCUCUUGUGAUCUUCUUCGAUCCGAUGGCCGUUGAUCUUAUGGGCUACUCUAAGAUGGACGAUCAGAUCGCUAUCCAGGAGGCGGCGGCCGCCGGCCUCCGGAGCAUGGAGCACCUCAUCUUCCAGCUCUCCCACCACAAGUCCCCGCAGCUCGACUGCCGGGAGAUCGCCGACGUCACCGUCUCCAAGUUCAAGAAGGUCAUCUCCAUCCUCAACCGCACCGGCCACGCUCGCUUCCGCCGCGGCCCCACGGCGGCGCAGGCUCCCCAGAUCCUGACCCACGCGCCGAUUCCCCUCCAGGCGCAGCAACCCCAGCCGGCGGCGCCACUCCCACCGCCGCCUCCUCCCCAGACCCUGACGCUGGACUUCACCAAGCCGAACCCGGGCACGUACCCCCCUGUCAUCGAAGGCGGCGAAACCGCCACCAGCCAGUACACCAAGGAGAGCUUCAGCAUGUCGACCCCGAUGCCCUCGGCGAACUCGUCGUUCAUGACGUCCAUCACCGGCGACGGCAGUGUCUCCAACGGUAAGCAGGGGUCAUCCCUGCUCCUCCACCCUGUCGCCCCCUCCGCUGGCAAGCCGCCGCUCUCCUCCUCUUACAAGAAGAAGUGCCACGAGCACGCCCAUUCCGAGUACGCCUCCGGCUGCCGCUGCCACUGCUCCAAGAGAAGGAAGUCUCGGGUGAAGAAGACGAUCAGAGUUCCGGCGAUAAGCUCGAAGAUGGCCGACAUCCCUCCCGACGAGCAUUCCUGGCGCAAGUACGGGCAGAAGCCCAUCAAGGGCUCCCCCUACCCGAGGGGUUACUACAAGUGUAGCAGCCUGAGGGGGUGCCCGGCGAGGAAGCACGUGGAGCGGGCGCCCGACGACCCGUCGAUGCUGAUCGUAACGUACGAGGGGGAGCACCGCCACGCCCAGAACGCUGUACCCGAGUCCACGGAUGCUCUCGUCUCAUAUUCGACUCCUCCUGUGAGAUCUGAUCAGAUCUGAUCGAGGGUUCCUGCGAUGUCGUCCCUCCAUCCCAUGAGGUGCUCAUCGUUGUAUCUCGUCCUCGGAUCCACUCCUCCUCCUCCUCCUCCUCCUCCUCCUCUUUAUUCUGUUUCUUUUGAUGGCCUUUUUCUUUUUUUUCCCCCCUUCUCUGGGUUCAGAGCUUUGUAGAGGGAGGUUUGGUAUAUCGUGUAAACAAAAAGGAAAGAAAAUUGGAAAGAAAAAUCAAGAUAUUUGACCGACAGGGGAGGAGCAGGGGAGGGGAGGCGGCCGCGGAGCGGAGGCCGUUUUCCGAAGGUGGAUUUGAGACUGGUUUCGGGUCCGGGGGUCUCGUUGCUUCGCCCGUUGCGCUCGGCGGAGGUCAGAGGCCGCGGGGCCCACGGGCCGUAACUGAAUUUUUUAUUUGCGGGAGGCGGUAUGGACGAGGAGGUGGAUGUGGGCGGUGGGUCCCGCUGCCUCUCUGUUCUCUCCGUUGACCGGCGUCAGGUUUCGUGCAUCCAACCAUGAACUGUGACCAUAUGCAUGCCUUCCUUAUCAAUUGCAUUUGGAUUUGUUUGAUCAAAUGUCAAUGGAGCAUUUAGUACGAGCUCAUAGAGGUCUCUCUCAAGCGUAUGGGGUUGGGGAUGCAGUGACGGGAGUGAGGGAUGGCGAUAUCCACUAAUUUCUACUGUUGUGUAGCUUCUUCGCAAAGUUUCAUAAAUGGGGUAAGUUAUAGAUUUUUAAUGGGGUAGAUCGACUUGUAUCCAACGCGACAAACAUUUUGGAGACGCGUGAUAAUGGGAUGGGGAUGGUCCAUGUCACGUGAGAAGCUUUAAUUUAGGAAGUAAAGCUGGUUUCUUGAUUUUUUUUUUUUUUUUUUUUUUGAGUGUUGAAGAUGAGCAAUGAUUUCUUGUUUGUCAAAGAUGCUUUGGGCCAUUCGAGGUGUUCUCUUUGUUCCAUUAUUAAAAGACCGUGCUUGUCUUUUUUUUUUAUUAUUAUUAAACAAUUAUAAGUGGCCUUCCUCGGGGAAAUACUCCUUUUGGAAGACCAAGAAGAUGAUGUUAUUAGUAAUACAUUAACAAGAAAUGGUUUCUUGAUA